AUGUCUAAGGCGGGGUCGUUAUUUAAAAAUCCACUGAACGGCAAAGAUGUUAAUAAGAAAAGAAGAAAUGAAGAAAAGAAAGAGGAGGAAAACGCUACGGGAUUUAGGAAAAAGGUCAAGAAAAAACUCAAAUAUGAAGACGAGACAACGACUGUUGACAUCGCAUUGGAUCCAGCAGUAAAUAAGUCACGCAAACCUCAAGAAGAGACACCAACUGGUGACGUCAAAAUGGAAGAAAAGAAAGAGAAGAUUAAUAAGAAAAGAAGAAAAGAAGAAAAGAAAGAGAAGGAAAAAGCUAUGGGAAUGUGGGAAAAAGUCAAGGUGAAAAGAAAAUAUGAAGACGAGACGACGACUGUUGACAUCGCAUUGGAACCAGCACAAAAGAAGUUGAAACAAUACUCAUUUGAAACAAUACAACUCAAAUCUCAUGGAAGUGUGUAUGAAAUUAGUCAACAAGUCGUAGAAGAUGAAGCUAUGGAAAUUAAGAAAAAAGUAAAGAAUAAACGCAAAUAUAAAGACGAUAAACAAGUUGUUGACAUCGCAUUGGAAACAGUACCACCCAUUUGCGAAAAGGAAAAUGAAAUUGAACACGCCGUGGAAGAAGAAGUUAUCGAAAAAAAGAAAAAAGUCAAGAGGUCACAAAAAAAUAAAAACAAGUCACCAGCUGUCGAUGCAUUUGAAACAACCCAACUCAUAUGUCAUGGAAGUGUAUAUGAAGUUAAUCAACAAGUCGUAGAAGAUGAAGCUAUGAUAAGCAAAUAUAAAGACGAUCAACCACUUGUUGACGUAGCAUUGGAAACACAAAUCCCCAGUUUCGAAGAGAAAGAAAAUGAAAUAGAACACGUCGUGGAAGAGGAAAUUGUGAGAAAGGAGAAACAAGUCACGUUGACAAAUGUACGUAAAGACGAUCAACCAGUUGACAUUGCAUUGGAAACAGUCCUUCCCAGAUGCGAUGAGAAUCGAAUGGAAAUAAGAGACGUAGUGGAAGAGGAAUUUGUGAUAAAGGAGGAAAAGGUCAAGUUGUCACACAAACGUAAAGACGAUCAACCAGAUGUUGAUAGUCCAUUGGAAACAGUCCUACCAAGUUGUGAUGAGAAUGGAAUGGAAUUAAGAGAUGUCGUGCAAGAAGAAUCUACGGAGGGGCAAAAUAAGAUAUCGGCGGCAGAAACAAACAAAGACCAGACUCCAGUUGACAGUUCCGUACAAAAAUCAACAAUUAGAAUUAAGGGGUUCGCUGGGAUCGUCUCUCUGAACACAAAACCCGAGGCGUUAACAAAUCAAAAUACAAAGAAAGUCAAAAGGGUUUCUUUUAAUACUCCUGACUUAAAUGAAAGACUUCCAAAAAACCAGAUAAAAAGAACGAAAACUAAGGAGGGUCCUAAACCAAAAAGCAAUAGGCUCGAAAAAAUUAAAAGUCUGUUGUUGGAGAAAAACCUAAAGAAACGGCAAACAAAAAUUACAGACUUUCCCACCAUAGUCUCAAAACCAUCUCCCUUCACGGGUGCAAAGCUUUCCAUUAAAAACGUAGUGAAAGAAACUCGACGUGAAGUGGAAAAUCCGCCCUUCGAUGUAGUCACACCGUCUCACUCCAGUGAUGAGCGUUCCGUCGAAACCACAUUGAAUGAACCUGAACACCAAGUGGGAAAUUCAACGUCUGAAGUAUCCCCACAAUCACCCUGCAGUGAACAGCGUUCUAUGAUAACAGAAAUGAAAGAAGUGGAAAAUUCGCCCUCCGAUGUAGUCACACCGUCUCCCUCCAGUGAUGAGCGUUCCGUCGAAACCACAUUGAAUGAACCUCAACACGAAGUGGAAAAUUUGCCAUCCGAAGUAUCCACACAAUCAUCCUGCAGUGAAGAGCGAUCUACGGUAACAGAAAUGAAAGAAAAUCAACUUGAAGUGAAAGUUCCGCCCUCCGAAGUAGUAUCCACACCGUCUAGUGAUAAGAGUUCGACUAUCGAAACCAAAUCGAAUGAACCUCAAAAUGAAGUAGUGAAUGAAGUAGUGAAUUCUCCCUCUAGAGUCUCGCCCAGCAGUGAACAUCUAGCCAUGGACGCCGAAUCGAUUUUCGACCCAAAUUGGCUAUCUUAG